ACUUCAAAACUUCCGGUACAGCACUGCGGCGUGAUCACCUUUUCUCCCCCAUAAAUAUUUGAUUUUAUGUAAUCAAAAUUGUGUGAAGUAGAUCAGAGAAUUGGGUACAAUGAAUUUGACCACCGCUCUGGAGUCUCUUAACAGCGUAAGUAAAAAUUCAUCCGUAUUAGCAGUUUUACUUAGCACUCAUUAUGCAGCAGGACAGGACUAUAUAUGAGGAAUUCAUAUCACAGAUUAGUGACCCAGACUUGGAGGCAACAAAAGUAGAACAAUUACUUCUAGAGGUCUCACAAAAUGCUACUAAAUUAACUUCAAGAAAUGUAGAGAACUGCAAAGACUUAAUCUACAGAAUAUUACGCCUGAAAUGGACAAAUCUAGACCAAAAUAUAGCUAAUGCCUACAUUCAAUUCGCUAAUUUGCUAGCCUCUUCUCAUCCAGAAUUCGAAACUGAUAUUAUUGAAGCUAAUAUAAAAUCUUUUCUAAUCACUGGUGCUUCAGAAGAAGUAGCUCAAAAUCGAAUUCACGAUUUAUUAUUAAAUUUAUCAUCGAAAAAUGGAUUGUCAAAUACCGAAGAGAAGAUCACUCAAGCAAUAACCAGAUAUUUUCCUCAUAUGACUAAAAGCGUGGAACAACAUGAAAACUUUACUAAGCACGUUUUGAAAUGUAGUACGUAUUUGGCAUCUGUAAGGGAAUAUUUAUUGGAAGUUAUUAUUGAUAGAAUGUUGAAAUUAGAUGCUAGAGCCUCUAGAGAAGCCAUACUAGAGGCUGAGGAGAAUAUGGAAGAAUCGUGCACGUUUACAAUGGAGACUGAAAAGAAUGAAUUAGCUCAUAAAGAAGGAGCUCGAUUAGAUUGUAUGAUGGACAUUUUUUUUACUUACCUACAUGAUAUUUGCCAUCCUGAAGGCGAUCUCGACUUUGCUGUAGCAAAAGUUAUUUAUAAGGACCUAUUGUUUGUUUUUGAUCGACUUAUUCUAAAAAUGUGGAAAAUAUGUCAUGUUCCAUUUGUCAUAUUUUAUUUAUGUAGUUUUAAGGAUUUACUCGCUGAAGAUUUUUUGGAUUAUCUCUGGAAGAAAGUUUGUUCUCCCCAAAUUGAAACUGUGUUCCGUCAGGCAUCGGCUUCCUACAUUGCUUCAUUUCUGGCUCGUGCUAAAUACGUUUCAACAAAAACUUGUUGUAAUAUGCUCUCGUUGUUGGCUGAAUGGUUACAUAAUUAUCAGUUAGAAUCAAAUGAGCCCGAGUUCGAUUUGCACAAACACGCAACAUAUUAUUCCGUUGCUCAAGCUCUCUUCUACACAUUUACAUUUCGACAUAUUGAGCUCUGUAAAUCUCCUUCCGCAAGGAGCUGGAUUCAUUCUUUACGACUUCAAGCUUUGGUCACAUCCAGACUUAAUCCUUUGAAAGCUUGUUUGCCAACUGUCGUCAAUACUUUUUCGAGCGUUGCUCACCAACAACAAAUAGUACUUUGCGAUUCAAUAAUAGAGAGAAAUGCUCGAAGUAGUUUACCUGUUGUCUCAUCGAAAUUCAGCGAUGGCUGGCUUUUUACAAAGUCAAAUCCACUGGACGCUUUCUUCCCAUUUGAUCCAUACGUAUUAAACCGAUCAAAACUUAGGAUAAAUGGUAUUUAUAGGGAAUACGAAGGUCAACCAGUUGUUAUUAAGGAAAGAGAAUCCACUGAAGCUAUCGAGGAAUCUUGGGAAAGCUUUAAGGCUUCAUUAAGUCCUAUGUACUGCUCAACAUCGCCUGGAUAUUUGAAUUCAAUAGAAAAUUAACUAUUUAUUUUAAAGUUUUUUUGUUAUUUCAUUCGUACUUCCCGCGAAAAUUAAAAAGCAAAAUUCUCAACCAAUAAACAUCAACCAAGUUUCAAUGUCAA